UCCCUUCAUCAAGCCUCGAGAAGAAGCUUUCCUGCCGCCGGAGUCUGGGACAGGCCGCUAACCGAUGGGCCGUACGCCGUCGUACGAUAUAUGCCCGGACCCUGUCUAUGGCUACGUCGGCUUCGUGGGCGACUUGUUCUCGUGGGGCUUGGCGGGCGGCUCCGCCGUCCACUUCGUCAAGGGCUUCCGCGCCUCGCCUAGCGGCGCCCGCCUCGCCGGCGCCGUCAACGCUGUCCGGCAGAACGCGCCCAGCGUCGCCGGCAGGUUCGGCGCAUACUGCAUCUUCCUCUCCGUCAUCGAAAUUGCAGCGUCGCUCGCGCUUCGGAGAGACGACUACUGGACCGGCGGCACCGCCGCCGCCGCCACAGGUGGCCUACAUGGCAUGCUGCGCCGGGGUGGCGGUCCCGGUGCCGCGGCGCGUUGCGCUCUUCUCGCUGCCCCAGGUGUCGUGGGCCUCGAUUUGGCCCUCGAUUGGGGCCUAAGUGUGAAUGCGAGUAGAUUGUACCCUCAAAACAGGCAGAUGAAUGUCCGUCUGCCCAGGCCCUGGGUAGACGCAUCACACCGCCGACCCCCACAGUGGUUGAAGAUUUCUCCGUCUGGUACAAGGGAAAAAGAGUUAAGACCGUCAUGGGUCACCAAAGAUUUUGGCAUGGAACAGAGAUAGAAAUUUCGAGCGAGUCGUAGGGGCGGUGAGACAAAUUCUUUUUCCUUUUGGGAUGAGAUGGACAAUAGAUUGUUGGAUACAGUGGUGGACCCAACGUAGAGAUGUUGUCUAGGACAUUCCUUUUCAAUUCUCUGGACUAAACAACCCCUCAUUUUAUGUGUCAGCGUCAUGCUUGAGCCGGCCGUCAAUUUUCAAAAUAAUUGACAUUAGCCAUAACCAUAAGUCAAAUUAUCACCUGAGUGACUGAGUUCUCAACCAAGUUGUAAAGAUUUUUUUCCUUUCUCAUUGUAACGUAUGGACAUAUUUUCUAGUACUACUAAAGAAAUAAUUAGCCAAUAA